CGUUGACCCUGAGUGGAAAGCUGAUUCAAUAGAUGCUUGUGAACAAAUUCAAGAAAAUCCCCGGCUGAUCAAGACCCAUUUACCAGCGCAUAUGCUGCCCCGUGAACUUUGGACUCAUGGGCGAAAAACUAUUUAUGUGGCUCGGAAUCCAAAGGAUGUUAUGGUGUCAACAUAUCACUUCUUUACUGAUUUAAGAGAAUCUAAAUGCACUAUGGAUGAAUUUGUAGAUGACUUUGUUGCCGAUAAGACUCCAUUUUCCUCGUACUGGGAGCACUUGAUGGACUUUUAUAGGCUGCGCAAUGAGAAAAACAUUUUCUUUGUUACAUACGAGGAAAUGAAGCGAGACCUUAAAGAUGUGGUUAGGAGGCUAUCGCGCUUCUUGGAUUUCAAGGAUUUAACCGAUCUUGAAAUGGAAAAACUCUUAAACCACUUAAGUUUUGAGAACAUGAAAAAAAGUCAAUUUGGAAACCACAAAAAUUUUUUGAAUUCUUUUCGUAAAACUUCGGAUAAUUUUGAGUUUCUACGUCGUGGUAUUAUUGGUUCAUACAAAGAUGAGUUAAGUGCUGACAACAUGGAAAAGAUUGAUAAAAAGUCCAGCACUUUCUUUGAUAAAUAUGGCAUCAGUGAAUCCGAUAUUUUUGGUAGUGUGUAAGCGUAGAGAUUGAAUAAAAAUUCUCCGUAAUGAGAAGAAACAUGAAAAAGAAAAGAAGUUAACUUGGGUCAGCCGAAGUUUAUAACCCCUUGCUGAAACUUUCCUAUUAAAUUA